CAUUUUUGUGCAAGAGUCGUUCGCUCUCACCAAUGCUGUGGCAAUGAAUUGGUGGUCUCUUUGCAUUGCUUUCUUGUUCUUCUUCAAACUAGCCACUUGCCUGCAAAACCAGACUGAUCGACUUGCAUUGGUAUCCUUCAAAAAUGAAAUUCGACGAGAUCCCUUUGGCGUUCUGAGUUCUUGGAAUGAUUCUCUUCACUUCUGCGACUGGUAUGGCGUUUCUUGUAGUCGGCGGCAUCCUGACAGGGUCACAGCGUUGAACCUGAACUCGCAAGGCUUGGUUGGGUCACUUUCACCCUAUAUAGGAAACCUCUCCUUCCUCAGGUACGUCAGUUUACAAAACAAUAGCUUCCAUGGCCAAAUCCCACAAGAGAUUGGUCGCCUGCGACGCCUGCAAUAUUUAACUCUGAGCAACAAUUCAUUUGAUGGGAAUAUACCUACCAACUUGUCUCGUUGCUCUAAUCUUUAUCUUCUUAAUCUCAUAGACAACAAGCUCCAGGGUCACAUACCUUACGAGCUUGGUUUUUUACCAAAGCUUGAAGCUCUAGGCUUGUCCAGAAAUAACCUUUCAGGAAUAAUUCCUUCCUCCAUUGGGAAUAUGUCUUCUCUUAGGCAAAUUUCUCUAAGAACAAAUGGGUUGCAAGGAAAGAUUCCAUGGGAGAUCUCUCGUCUUAGGGACUUGAGAUUUUUAACGAUCGGAGAGAAUAAUCUAAUCGGAGAGGUUCCUGCUGGCCUCUUCAACAUCUCUAGCAUUCAUACACUUGCAGUGGAUUUUAACCAACUGCAAGGCAGCAUCCCCUCUGAUAUAGGCCUCACUCUUCCAAAGCUGAACUCUCUUCUACUUGCAGACAACAGGUUUAGUGGACCUGUCCCAAUUUCAUUGUCAAAUGCUUCUGCUCUUGAACAAGUAGCUCUAUUUUCUAAUGGUUUUUCUGGGUUAUUUCCCAAACACCUUGGAAAGCUGCCGCAUCUUCGAAUGAUAGACUUCUCUGAUAAUCAGAUACAUGAUGACUUAAGUUUCAUUGAUUCUCUAACUAAUUGCUCCAGUUUAAUAGUCUUGGAUUUAGCUUCAAAUCUUUUCCAAGCUACUCUGCCCAAUUCCAUAGCCAAUCUCUCCGAAGGCAUGAUAUAUAUAGCUCUGUCAAAUAAUCAAAUAUAUGAUGCCCUUCCCUUGGGUAUUGAAAACCUCCUAAAUCUGAGAUUCCUCCUCUUUGACAGCAAUUAUCUCACUGGUCAUGUACUUAUUGAUUUUCAAAAAUUUAAAAGGUUGGAAAUGUUGGAUUUGAGCAGGAAUAAAUUCACUGGAACCAUUUCAUCGUCAAUCAGCAAUUUAUCUUUGCUGAGUUAUCUCUAUAUGGGGUUCAACGAUUUCAAUGGAAGCAUACCUCCAGGUCUUGGUACUUGUCAUUUCUUGAUCCAGUUGGAUCUCUCACAUAAUAGUCUCAGUGGUUCUAUACCCAGACAGGUUAUCGGCCUUCCCUCCCUUUCAAUUUCCCUCAAUUUAGCUGCUAAUGCACUUACAGGUCCUAUUCCAUCAGAAGUCGGUUUGCUGAAAAAUUUAGUACAGUUGGAUUUAUCCGACAAUAGAUUAUCUGGUAUGAUUCCAAACACUAUUGGCAACUGUUUGCGUUUGGAACAGCUUCAUUUAGAGGGAAAUUCUUUUCAAGGAGAGAUACCUCAGGUUUUAAGUGCUUUACAAGGUUUAAAAGAGCUUGAUAUUUCAAAAAACAAUUUUUCAGGACGAAUACCUAAUUCUUUAGCUGACCUUGACGGGAUGAACUAUUUAAAUCUGUCUUUUAAUCAGCUCCAAGGGGAGGUUCCAAACCGUGGGGUCUUUCUAAAUGCAAGUGCAGUUGCAUUGACGGGAAACAAUGGUCUCUGUGGAGGUAUUACUGAAUUGGACCUUCCUUCUUGUGCCUUCCCCAAGUCCAAGAAGAACAACCUCUCCAUUGCACUGAAAGUAACAAUCCCAGUAGUUGUUAUUACAACUUUUUUGGCUCUAUUGACGUGUUUCUUCAUUUUCUGGCAUACGAAAAGAAAGGCUAGAAAAAAGAACAUUUCCAUGCCAUCAUUUGAGAACCAAUUUCUGAGAAUAUCCUAUGCAGAACUCUACAAAGCCACAAAAGGAUUCUCUUUGGACAACAUAAUUGGUAUUGGUAGUUAUGGCACUGUCUAUAAAGGUAUUCUUGAGCAACUUGGGAUGGAAGUGGCAGUGAAAGUUCUAAACCUGCAGCAAAGAGGAGCUUCAAAUAGUUUCCUGUCAGAAUGUUUAGCUCUUGGAAGCAUUAGGCACAGAAAUCUACUGAAGCUACUGAGUGUUUGCUCUAGCAUGGACUUUGAAGGCAAUGAUUUCAAAGCUCUAAUAUAUGAAUUCAUGACUAAUGGGAGCUUGGAGAAAUGGUUACAUAAGGAAGAUGGACAAGAAACAGAACCAAGAAAUCUGAGACUAAUACAAAGGCUUAACAUUGCUAUUGAUAUUGCUUCUGCAAUUGAGUACCUUCAUAAUGGCUGCCCAUCAACAAUUAUCCAUGGUGAUCUAAAGCCAAGUAAUGUUCUUUUGGACAAGGAGAUGGUUGCCCACAUUGGAGAUUUUGGCUUGGCUGAGAUUGUCUCGACAAUUUCGGAUGAGGCUGUUCAGUAUCCAAGCACUUCUCUAGCAAUCAAGGGAUCUAUUGGCUAUGUUGCUCCUGAAUGUGGCAUGGGUGAAAAGGUUUCUAUUGAAAGAGAUGUGUACAGUUAUGGGAUUCUAUUAUUGGAAAUGUUUACAGGAAAGAAACCAACUGAUGAUUCUUUUAAAGAUGGUCUAAAUCUGCAUACCAGCGUCCUGAAAUCAGUUCCUGAUAGAGUUAUGGAAUGUGUGGAUCCAAGCAUUUUAUAUGAAGAUGAAAAAGGAAGAAGCGUCUGGGAGCCCUGUUUAAUCUCUAUAUUGAGAAUUGGAGUUGCAUGCUCAAUGGAACUGCCAGCAGAAAGAAUGAAAAUGAGAGAUGUAACUAGCGAACUACAGAAGAUCAAGGCAAUUUAUGAACAGGGCAGAAUGCAACAAGACCAAGGGGUGUUUAGUUUACAUGUUGGUACAGCUGAUAGCUGAUGGACAUCAAAACAGGGAAAUUAAUUAUAGUGUUUAGCAAGCUUAAGAAAAAUAAAGAUGAUAGCUGAUGGGCAAUCGACCAUCGGGGGGCAGUUUGUAUCAGUUCUAUUUUUAGAGUUAUUUCUCAUCAACCGAUAGUUGAUUUGGUUUUAUUUUUUAUUUUGACUAUAUUAUCCUUUUUUAUUUAACUUGAAAAUUAAUAUUAUUAAUGUUUUUAUUUUUUAUUUAUAA